GCGCGCCUUUGGGACUUAAGUAUUCCGGUCUGCAGUCGGGAGCGCGCGUGAGAUUCUCACGUUUCUUCGUGCCAGACUCGACAGAUUUGUGAGAACACACACACACACACACACACACACACUCAAUCACACACCAGGCAGAUUGCCAAAUGCCUUGGGAGAUCUCCGACUUUAUGUCGCAUCCCCUGUGGAUGGUGAGCACGCUCGUGCUGGCGGCGGUUGCGCGAGCGCAGCGCAGAGGCUGGUGGGACCCGCGCGCUUGUUCCGUUCGGCUCACGGGCAAAACGGCCAUCGUCACUGGAGCCAACACAGGGAUAGGAAAGUUCAUUGCCUUGGACUUUGCAUGUCGUGGUGCAAGGGUCAUCCUGGCGUGUAGGAGUGAGGCCCGGGGCAUGGAGGCUCUAAGAGAGAUUCGUCAGCGCAGCGGCAACCAGAACGUACACCUGCGUAUCAUCGACACCUCCUCCCUCGAAUCGGUCCGCAAGUUUGCUGCUCAGAUCCUUGAGGAAGAGAAAGAACUUCAUAUACUAAUCAAUAACGCCGGGGCUUCAGGUCUACCCAAGGAAAUCACCGCUGACGGACUGGAACUGUCCAUGGCCACCAACCACAUCGGGCCCUUCCUGCUCACCAGUCUACUUCUAGAUCUCUUGAAGAAAUCAGCUCCAGCUCGCAUCGUGAAUGUCUCCUCGACUAACCACAGGAAAGGCGAGGUGGACUUCUCGCAUUUCCGUGGCGAGAAUCUGGUAUACGGGAUGGACAACGCAUACAACCACUCAAAGCUCCACAAUGUUAUCUGGACCAACGAGCUGGCACGCAGGCUAAAGGGAACAGGUGUCACCGCAAACUCGCUGCACCCAGGUAUUGUUAUGACUGAAGUUAUGAGACAUUACCAUUGGAUCGUUCGAUUAAUUUUCUACACAAUCGGGAUUUUUUUCUUCAAGUCUGCUCAAGAAGGUGCAGUCAGUACAAUAUACUGUGCGGUCGCGGAAGAAACCCAGGGGAUCACUGGGAAAUAUUUCGACAGCGACUGCUCGAUCGCCCUCCCAGCUCCAGCGGCUCGGGACGAAGCCAUUGGAGUUAAAGAAUUUGAGCACUGCGAGAGGGUGACAUCUAAGCUCUGAACUGCAGGAUAAACAUUCAGUCCAGUUCCAUAUCGCUAUCACAGAAUAUAUUAUUGAAAAUAUACAAUUUGUAAAUACACUUUUAUACACCUGAAUAUGACUUUCCAUUUUGUACGAAUCAUUUUACUUUCAUGUCUCGUUUAAUGAAAAUUACUUGUGACGUAACUGCAAAUAAAUGACAAUCACUGGAA